AACCCAAGGGCGAGGGUUUCAGGACGGAACUAGGGUUUUCUUGCGGCGCAGGGCUAGGGUUUCGCUUCAGUACCAGAUUGUCGAUUCAUCCUUCCAUCUCCUUUCGCUAGAUCCAGAGAUGCCUCCCCGUGUAGUGAAGAAGGCGACGGGUCCGGGAAGAAAAGGGGCAGCGAGAGCAACGAAGACUGCUGCGAAGGAUCUGCAAAACCAGGCCGAUGCAACAGAGAAUGCGGUGGAUGCCAAGAAGGUUGAGUUGAAUAAGGAGGCUCCGGCGGAAGAGAUCGUUGAGGUCAAACCGGACAAGAAGCAAGUGGAGGUUGUGAAAGCGGCCAAUGGAUCUGUUGCUAGAGAAGAGGUUCUAAAGGAUAUAUCUGAGGAGGAAGAUAAAGGUGAGCGCCUAGAAUUGGAUGACAAUGAGCCAGAAUAUGAAGAGGAAGCAACUGUUGACUAUGAUGAGAGAAUGAUUGAUGAUGAUGUCCAAGAGGUGGAUGAAGGUGAAGAGGAAGUUGAAGAAGCUGAUGCGCUUGAAGAGGAAGAAGGUGAUAUGGUUGUUGAGGAGAUUGAGGAUGGUGGAGAAGAUGUCGAGGAUGAAGAGGACCAUGAAAAUGUUGAGGAAGAACAUGAGGUCGAUGGAGAGGAGGAAGAGCAUCAUGAUAUAGUCAAAGAGCGACGCAAGCGGAAAGAGUUUGAAGUUUUUGUUGGAGGCUUGGACAAGGAUGCCACAGAAGAUGACCUUCGAAAAGUCUUUGAUGAAGUUGGUGAGAUCACGGAGAUCAGGCUUCUAAUGAAUCCUCACACCAAGAAGAACAAAGGUUUUGCAUUCCUGCGUUUUGCAACUGUGGAACAAGCAAAGCGUGCUGUUACAGAACUCAAGAAUCCAGUUAUAAAUGGUAAACAAUGUGGUGUUGCCCAAAGUCAAGACAGUGACACACUUUUUCUGGGAAAUAUCUGCAAGACUUGGACAAAGGAACAUUUGAAGGAGAAGUUAAAGAGUUUUGGGAUAAAUAACAUUGAAGAUUUGAUGUUGGUCGAAGAUGCUAGUAAUGAUGGGAUGAAUCGUGGGUUUGCUUUCCUGGAAUUCUCUUCUCGUUCCGAUGCCAUGGAUGCUUAUAGGCGAUUGCAAAAGAGGGAUGUUGUGCUUGGAGUUGAUCGAUCCGCGAAGGUUGCUUUUGCUGAUUCAUUUAUUGAACCUGAUGAUGAGAUUAUGUCACAGGUAAAAACUGUUUUUCUUGAUGGAAUUCCUCCUGCAUGGGAUGAAGAACGAGUCAAAGAACAUGUUAAGAAAUUUGGUAAGAUUGAGAAAGUUGAGCUUGCACGUAACAUGCCAGCUGCCAAGAGAAAGGAUUUUGGAUUUGUUACUUUUGAUUUGCAUGAAGCUGCUGUGUCAUGUGCUGAAGGAAUUAACAAUGUAGAGCUUGGUGAAGGAGAUAACAAGGUGAAGGUCAGAGCUAGAUUAUCACGGCCCCUUCAAAGAGGUCGAGGAAAGCGUGUUUCUCGAGGGGAUUUUAGGAUUAGCCAUGUCCCUCGUGCAUCGUGGAGCAAUUCCACUGCUCGUAGGUUACCUUUACGAGCAUCUAGGGGAAGUAUUGGACGCGGGGCACCAGUUAGUGUUCGUGGUGCUUCUAUUGGUGGCCGUGGACCAAAGAGAACUAUAGGAUUGAGAGAUAGAAGAGCUGUACCAGCAUUUUCAGAACGAGCAAGACAUUUGCCCCCGCCGGAGAGGUCCUAUGGUCGUAGACCACCAAUUCCAGUCUACCCUAAAAGCCACCUUUCCAAGAGGGACUAUGAUAGGCGUGAUGAACUUACCCACAGAAGUAGAAACAUUGCCGAAUAUGGGCCAAGGAUUCCUACUGAUAGGCGGUCCUCCUACGAAGAUGAUUAUUCUAGGGGUGGAGGAUACUCGGACAUCCCUCCUCGUACUUUGCCCCGUUCAGCUGAAAGAAGAUCCUAUGUUGAUGAGGGAUAUGGCCGAAAGCUUGAAAGAACUCUUCCAUCUUAUAGAGAGGGACGUAGCCGAGAUUAUGACUCUAUUUCUGGAUCCAAGCGUCCGUAUUCAGCGCUGGAUGACACACACCCUCGUUAUGCGGAUGUAAGCAUGAGGCAAUCAAGGGCAAGGUUAGAUUAUGGUAGUAGUGGUGGUUCUGCUCAGUAUGAAGAUAGCUACGGUGAAAGGCUGGGACGUUCUCAUAUAGGAUAUGGCAAUAGCCGCAGCUCUAUCUCUGGACGUGAUUCUCAUGGGCUAUAUGGAGGCCGCCAUGGAAUGGGCUACAGUAGUGACUCUGUAGGUGGGAGUGAUGUUGAUGGGCUGUACUCAUCAUCAAACUACGGCAGCAGUUAUCUAUCUCGUGGUUCUGAUGUUGGAGGCGGCUCUUACUCAUCCAUGUACUCUGGUCGUAGCUUGAGUGGCAGUGGUUAUUUGCGUGGUAGUGGCUCUGGAUCAUACUACUGAGAUUUUACAUCUGAAGGAUGGUGUUGGCUGGACAAGUUUGAAGAUUCUGGAUGUGGUGCUUGCACAAAUGGAAUUAGUGUGUUAUUACAAGCUUGCAGAAUUUGCUUCCACUGAGAAGCAUCUUGGACUUGAGGACUUUAAACUUUAAUAUGUGGAGAUCUUUUAAUGAGGAUUUCUUGGAUACUUCGUUAUGUUUGUAUGGAUACCUAAGUUUUUCAGUUUACUAGAUCAAGAGACAAAUAUGGUAAUGUAUUGCAUUGCGUAUUAUUUAUAUUCCUGCUAAGAUCUCCACAUGAUGGACAGUGAGCCAUGUUUUAAGUUUUUCUAUGAGGUAAAUGUCUGGCAAUAAAGCAUUGAGAUGCUGGAUGCUUCAGAAUGUUAAGAGUUAUAGGCAUUUGCUUUGCAAUUAUUUAUAAGGGAAUCUGAAGUGAAAGUGAAUGCUACUAAGGUGGUAUUGCGCGUUCUCUCUUUUCCUGCAAAGAUCUUCAUGAAGGUGGACAAUAAGCUUUAUGUUUAAAGUUUUUUCACUCGUGAGCAACUUAUCUGAUAAUACUUAACUUGUGAUAUUGAUAGCAAUGUCAGAUUUUUAAGGAAAAGUUUGAUUUACUUGGAUAGUAUGUGCAUUGCUAUUGUUGAACCCCAAAGGAUUUUUGGUAUUUUUGGCCAGAACAUUGGACACUGGCUUUGUUCUUCUUGUUAGUUUUGAAAGGUUUUGGAGGCAUAUAUGAAGCUCAGCAUAUUAUACUUUUUGUUCUGAUGGUUGGAUACAGACAAUUUUUUUCACAACUAGGAACUUGUGAAUUGCAAGUUUGUCACACCUGUGAGAUGUGUUAAAGGUGCAAUUAAGUAGAAGAAUUAUCACUACUUGGUCUUUAGCUGAUUAUGAUCCGUACAAAGUAAUUGUUUGGAUUCUGGAAUGCAGAAGCAAAUGUUGUGUGUUCUUAAUUGCUUCUGUUUUGCAUCUGAAAGUUACAUUUAGAGUUGGGAGUUGACAUUUUUUACAAUCUUUAACUACAGAACGCUCAACCUCCCCACUUAUUAUAUAGUUGUUACAAAUGCUGUUCAUUUUCUAAAGCUGAACUUGCUCAAAAGUAUUAAUUAGUUCGCAAUAUAAAUGACAGAUGUUCGACAUGGGGUGGUAUGAGUCUCAAGAUAAAUGAUGUAACUUGUACAGCUUUCAUACAAAGCAAUUCUAGAAUUAAUGAUUGGAUGGAUUUCAGGAAUAAGGUCAUUAUAAAACAUGAGCUAUGGUGUAGGAUGGAAAGAAAAGUGUCAAAAUAUGCAUAUGUUAACUUUGAAGCGAUUUUUUAAAUUUGAUCCACUUUUCUCAUAGUUUCUUACAAGAUUUCGAGAGUUCUUUGGCAUGGUGGAGAGAGGUACUUAGCUCCAAAUUAGAUUUUGUGGUCCUGUGAGUUCAAAUAUCGUGCAGCUAUCACUGUGGGAUAGGACCAUGGAAAUCGAUCUUUUUUAUAAUUUAAUGUCCAGCAAUGCUAACACAAUAACGAUGGUGUACUUUAUUUGAUUUUAAUUCUGAAUCUUUGGAUACACUUUUUUUCCAAUCAAUAUAUAUUUAUUGUUAAACAGAAA